CUCUCCAAAUUAUCCGAGUCCCUUCCAGCAAAGAUUAUUCAAGUAUUCCUCCGACUCUUCUUCACUGGUUGCCUCGAACCUAAUCAUCCAACUUGACAAGGCUAGAGAGGGGUCAUUAUUUCCACCAGAUGCAAGUUUCCUGCCACUAGAGCAUCCUAUUGCAUUGAUUAUAUAGCAGGUUAAUGACAUGAAAAGUCUAAUUGAAUGCAAUCAGUCAAAUUUUCAAACUUGAAAUUCCAGCGAUAACCGUCAUAUUUUCUUAAAUGAGACCAUUGAAAUAGAAACUGCAUGUACUUGGUUUCCAUGAGCUAAAUGCUGGAACGUGUUCAUCAAUUGCAGUUGUUAAACUUGUUAAGCAUGUUAAGGAGAGGAAUUAAAUUUUUUGUUUUAAAACUGUGUCUGAUAUGAUGGAUUUUUUCUGGAAUUAUAUUGGGAUUAAGCCUUGGCGUCGGUAACCAGAUGGUGUCUUGGAUAUUGCCUGAAGGCUGGACUGGGUGAUGUUUGCCGAUUUAGCAAUACCAAGUGAUGAAGAAGUACAGGGAGCAGAGUGCAGAGAAGGUUCGCUGUCAGAAGUGCCUGGAGAUUGGCCACUGGACGUAUCAGUGUACGGGCAAGAGAAAGUAUGUCCACCGGCCGUCACGCACCAAGGAAAUGAUCAAGCGAAUGAAACAGGAAGAAGACAAACAGAAACUAGAGCUCUUAGCUAAGACUUCAACAAUCCAAGAAAAGAAAAAGAAAAAGAAGCAUGGUUCUGAUGGCGAGACCUCCAGCUCCUCCUCUUCCUCCUCCGAUUCUGACACCGACUCCUCGUCAUCCUCGGACAGUGACAGCUCCUCUGACCUCAGCUCAACCACCAACUCUGACAACAGCAGCAGCAGUAGCAGCAGCAACUCUGACUCAUCGUCAUCAUCCUCAUCAGAUUCUUCUUCAUCCUCAUCAGACUCGGACAGUGAGAGGAGGAAGAAGAAGAGACGGAAGAAGAAGCGCCAACGUCGGCGUGAAUAACCUGUGAUACAAGGACGAGUACAGAGUAUUUUUCUACCGUGUGGAUGAUGAGUGUGUGAGAGGAACAGGCUCAGUGGAGGGAAAUGCAAAUCUUUGAUCAGGGUUAUAAAAAAAUAAUACAUUACCCUGAGGGAGAAUAUAUUUUGAUAUGGACUUCACUGGGAAGGAUGGGUUUGAGAAGGUCAAUGAUGCAAGAGAAAUACUGUGUAAAGGCAUGAUAUGUUGGAGAUGAGGCCUUGUUACGGAACGUAGCUAUGUGUCAGAAGUGGACAACUAUGUGUCAGAAGUGGACAACUGAAUGCUUGUAAGGCAGGAUGUGUCACACUUCAUGGGAGGUUUUAGUAGAGAAGGUACUAGCUGUGUUUCAGAAUACUGGACAAGACAAAGCUUGUAAGGCUUGUGUCACAUUGGAUUUGGUUAGGGAAAGAACCUAUGUUUGGACUGUUUGACAACAGAAGGCUUGUACGACAGGGAAAUAAAUAUGAGAGAGGAGUUAGAGGAAGACUGUUAAAAAAGGAAAAUAACAAAGAUGCUAAAUGUUUAUGGAUAAGAGAGGAGGUGCUUGCAAUUAUGGCAUGCAUAAAUACAGAGAUAACUGAUGUAGGGCAUCUCGCAAGUGAAACUGCUGAACUGAUAUUUGAACUUGAAUAUGACAAGAAAGAGGGAAGAUGCUCAAGGGAUUACCUUCAGGAAAUAUUGCAGGAAGAAAACAAUAACACUGUGUAGAGUAAUGAAGACUGACAGGUCUGUGAUGAAGACAAAUGCUGCAGACAUUGAGUCUGACAGGGAUAGCAAUGGACACCAGGAGGAAGCCAGUUAAGGAUUGAUUCCAUGGAGGGAAUCUGUUGAUCCUUCAGCAAUGGCCGUCACAAGGACUCGGAGGGACAUCUGUUGGUUUACUUGGGGUACAGGGCAGUUGAGACCUUGGUCUACAACUUGUACAAUUUCUGUUGUGCAUCUUGAGGUCACUGAUGCUCAUUUGUGAUGAUUUCAAUGCACAAUUGUGUAUUAUUGUAGGUGUGGCGAUAUGAUUUGGGCUAAACCAGUACCAUAUUCGACGUAUUAAGCGCCCCGCUCUAAUAAGCGCCCAUGGCUAAUAUAUUGGCUAGUGAACAGUCCCAAUUCACACCCCUUCAGAUUGAUUAAUGUACACAAUACUUAUUUAUUCGUGUAUAAUAUGCACCCUUAAUUAUAGGCCAUUAAAUUCUGGAAAAAUAUAUUUGUCAUAUAUAAACAUUUCAGGCUGUCAGCAUCAACCAUGAAAUUUACGAUCUUUCAACUCUGGGUUUUUUUUUUCACCAAAAUUUUAUUCUAAUAAGAGCCCUCUAUUUCUAAAUUUGAGAGCGCCCUGGGUGCUUAUUACGUUGAAUACGGUAACUAUGAUAAUUGUCAGAUAUGAGCUGAUGCUGAAAUUAUUUUGUUAUUUAAUGACAUGGAAUAGCUCAGAUUCUCCAUAAGAAAUUCAUUAAAUAAGAAUUGGAUUUUGGACAAAGGAAUUUUUUUUAAUAUUUUGAAAUAAUCAUAAUCAGUGAAAAAAGUCCACGGUCUUGAAUAGGAUUUUGUAGUAUGAUAAGGGAUCCAUCAUUCGAUAUUCUGGGGAGAGGGGGACAUGGGAAUUUAAAAAAAAAUUGGAUUUAUUUAAAUUGUGUAAAUUGUGUUACCUACAACUAAAAUUGUAUGCUGAACAUGUGGGAUGUCCUGCAAAGAAACGUGUUGUAAAGAAUAAGUUAAUUUUGUAUGUAUGUUUUGAAACAAUGACAAAAAAACCUUCCUCCUGUCUCUGACAAUAAACUAGGUCUUUUGAAUAUUAAAUAGUGGCUCCCUAGAUAGACAAGAUUCCUGCGUAUAGUCUAAUUAAUUUGAUGUGGUCAGGAUAGGAUAGCCUCUUCCAGGUGAUGUUUGACUUAACAAUUGUGUUAUUUGACAACUCUCAGUUUACCAUUCAUCACUUGAUGAAGUAAGACACAUCACAGAAAUCUAUUCAACAUAUGACCCUGGACUAGAGGAACACUGGUCAUUUUAUGCAGAUGUUGGAGGUGAUGAAGCCUAUAGGUGGUGAUGCUAUGAAUGACAAGGAGGACACUAGUGUGUAAUCCCAUUAUUUCAUGAUUCAUUGGGGACUACUGAAUGAAGUUAUAUGUCAAAGGAGUAAACUGGGAAAAGUUGCCUCCCUUAGUCAUGCAGGAUCCACUGGUGUGUAUUUAAAUCCAGGCUUUAUAUCUGAGAUUGUGUGGGACACCUAUGCUUUCCCCUCACACAUGUUUAGUCUCAGAAGGACUUGUUAAAUGCUGGCACUACCCCUGUUGUGUUGCAAGAUUUCUAAUUGUUUACCAGUGUUAUAUCAUGUCCUUCAAGCAAUUUCACAGUUUUCGUCUAGCAUAGUCAUUGUUCAUUGCUUUUCAUCACAAAAACAACAUUUCAAAGAUUAUUUUUAAAAAUUCUUACCGAGGUAAGUAUUUUAUAGCUGUAUGGAGAGCAGAUAUUUUUUGAUCUGCUACAGAGUUGCUUGUCUUUCAUACAGACCCUGAAACAAAUACAGCCCAUGCAAGCAUAUAAUGUUUGGCAAGUCUAGAUUACGUCUGAAAAUGAAGAAAGUCUCUGGGCUCUUUUUUAUUAUAUUUUAGAACUAUAAUUCAACAACUGUUUUUUUCUGUGACAUAUGUUCAUUUCAGAGACUAGAUGUUAGUCUAUGGAGUUGCAAACUUAUGUUAAUUUCAAACACUGUAUGAUACUAUCUCUUCAAAAAUGCCACUUAUAGAUAUACAUGUAGUCACGCUGUAGCUUUCAAUCCUUUUUCUGAACAAACCGGUCUGACUUUGAAUGAACUUGCAAUUAUCUUUACUGCAAUAAUAGGCCAGUGACAAGUGUCACUAUUCCAGUGCAAUGUUCCACUCUGGUGAUCAACAGGUACCUCUGUGUCACAUGCAUCUACAUCAAACUACUAUGUCCUGUAUGUCGUUCAUACCACACCAUCACUAUCUAUUGGAUCAGCUCUUAUGUCAGAAGGCGUUGUUGUAGCCCAGUGGUUAAUGUGAUCGCUCAUCAUGCCCUAGGCUCUGGUUCGAUUCCCCACAUGGGUACAAUGUGUGAAGCCUGUGUGUUGUCCAGAAAUGUCAUCAUGCUUACCAUACAUGUUUGAAAUACUAGCCUUGGUAUACAGAUCUGCAAACCCAAGCCAAAUAAAAAAAGUGGAAAUGGUAUUUUUAAGAAAAAUGAUUUUUAAAAAAUAAAAAAUGUAGCCAUCGACGUAAGGUUUUAGAAAACUUUACCAUUACUACUGCUGCUACUGCUACUACUAGGACUAGUAAUAAGGAUGACUAGUUGUUUAUUUUUAUGCUUUAGAGUCUGAGUGGAAAACAGUCCUGAGGCUGAAAAUUAUUUUGUCAGAUAUAAACAGUAUUUUGUGGAGAUGAUUUAUAAAUAGUUCCUGAAAUUCAAUUGGCAAACAAGAAAAAGACUGGAACAUUUAGGAAUCUUACUCACAGCACGGGUUUCUCCACCAUAGGCAAACUGCCUGGCCUAGACGUCCUGAUCUUGUUUUCCCUGUAGGAUAAGCUCUUUAUGUGUUAUACAUUGUAGACAUUUUGUACCCUAUUGUUUGAUAUGCUUUUUAAAUCCAUUUUGUUUGAUAACAUGAUUAAUGUGCCAGUGCAUACAGUUUUGAAAUGUCACAUGAAUACAAUGCUAUUGUACAGUGUUCUAUACAAUGGGUAACUUAGGCACCUGUCAUUUAAGAUAGGAGUGGAGGAUUCUCUUGUCCCUUUGUUGGGCAGGCGCAGUCGUCAGUCAUAUUUGAUAUGCAAAGGUGUGUCCCUUAGGCAAGCCAGAAACCUAGGUUCGAAUCCCUGUUUGUCCAGAUUAUGUUUCUAGGUAUGUCAGUACCAUACCCUUGUUUGUGGAUUCAUUAAAGUGGGCAGCGUCUGAGACCUGCAUCACUUGGACUUAAAGCAUUAAGCUGACACACCGUGAUAUAAGUGGAAUUCUGUGGUGUUAAACCCAACUUACAUAUGACCUCAGCAGCACCCAGUCCUAUAGUAGGUGACAGGUGUCUUUACAAAGAGAUAUGACAUGAUUGUGUUAUGUAUAAGUCAACAUCGACAUUUUGUCCCACCUAAUGUUGUUUUAUCCUUCUCAUGAAAUGUAAGAUAAGAUUUUGAUAUUAUUAACAUUAUCGUGAGAAAUGCUGAACUGUUUAAACUUUUUAGUUCGAAUACCAAAUGAUAAAUAAUUUUUUCAAAAAGAUCUGAUUAUUCUUUCAAACUGACAUCAGUUGAUUAUGGUUUUCAUUACAUUAUUAACUGUCAUUAUUUGUCCGAAAAUGUAAAUAAAGAUUAAGAUGUAUGGAGA